AUGCAGUGCCGUGACGUGACGUAGCAGUGACUCAUCCUCAUCUAUCUGCAGUAAAUCGCAGACAGCUAAAUAAAGUGACAAAUUAGAGGUCCUAAAAGGGAUACUUUGUUUCAGAUGCAUGGCUAGCAGACAUGGCAGGCGAAAGAUAGCGAAGUCCAAGCCGGGUAAGCGGGGUAGAACGUCAAACAUGCAUGAACCAGAGGAGGAAGAGAUUGAUUUAGACGACACGACUGCCAGAACUUUACUCAUGUCGGGUUUUACGGUUACCAAAAAGCAGCCCCGCCAGAGGUUCGGGUUGCUCAUUGGACUCUUCCUGCUAGGCUGUGUAGUUGUUAUAUCUCUAGCUGGAGGGCUAGCUUGGACUUUAUCAAAACACACCGAUGUGCCUGAGAAUAUACCUCCUAACGCAGACAAAGUAAUUGGAGGAGCUCAUGACAUUAAGAAAAAUGAUCCCGCAUAUGGGCUUUCAACUCAAGCAGUAUUUAAUAAUCACCAAGCAUCUUUGCUGAACUCAACUUCCUUUAAAUCUGUGGCGAAUGCAGUCAAUGUACAAGAUCUCAAAAGAACUGAUUUGAACCCUCUACUCAUUACAAGGGUUCCUGAUACACCUGGCAGCAGAGCGGCACGUGAACACAUCAUAGGGAAGCUGACCAGUAUUGGAGGAUGGGACAUAAAUCAACACACAUUCCAAGACACUACUCCCUUGGGCGUAAAAUCAUUCACCAACAUCAUUGCAACAGCCAACCCAAGUGUCAAGCGGCGUCUGGUCCUUGCCUGCCAUUACGACAGCAAGUACUUUAAACGUCAUGAGUUCAUCGGAGCUACUGACUCAGCUCUCCCCUGUGCGCAGCUGCUUUAUUUGGCCCGAUCCCUGGCAGAGCCCUUGAGGCGGGCUAAUGCUACAAACCCUCCUGUCACCCUUCAGCUGAUAUUCUUUGAUGGUGAAGAGGCCUUCAAAUCCUGGACAGAUACAGAUUCACUCUACGGAUCACGCCAGCUUGCUGGAGACAUGCAAAACACUGAUCAUCCUUACCCUGGGGCCCAUACUAAUCUUCUCGAUGGCAUGGAUAUGUUUGUUUUGCUGGAUCUAUUAGGAGCAAGGAAUCCACGUUUCUAUGAUUACUUCCAAUCAACAUCAGUCUGGUACAACCACAUGAGGAAUAUAGAGCAAAGACUGAAAAGAAGCAGAGUGUGGACUGGAAGUACAACCAAUAAUUACUUUGUAGGCGGUACUCAUUACAAUGCUGGUAUGCAAGAUGACCACAUCCCAUUCUUACAAAGAAAUGUAAGAAUUUUGCACCUUAUCCCAAAUCCAUUCCCGAAUGUUUGGCACAAGUUGAGUGACAAUGCAGCAGCCUUAGAUGAUAACACCAUCUCAAACCUCAGUAAAAUCUUUCACAUAUUUGUGGCUGAAUAUCUCAGCCUCCCUGCUCCAUGAUGACUUGGAUCCAUACAAUGUGACCAAACUGUAAUUUUAGAAGAACCUUUUGUUCUAAUUCUUUAUGGGGAUAUGUAUCAAAACAUUCCUUGUUAUUUUUCUCCUUUUGGGGGACAGUUAUCAAAACGUACCUUUUAAAUAUUUCUUCUUUUUGGGGACAGGUAUUGAAACAUACAUUUUUUGCCUUUCAUUUUGGGGAAUGGUCGGCAGGCAUACAUUGUAAUUUUCUUAUCAAAGCGUAGUUAUGAUUGUUAUGUCAAGCAAAUAUGUUUUGAUAAUUUAGGGUCGUCUGCCUUUUUAUCCAGCUCUUUUUCAUUCUUGCAUUCACUAAGGGAAAUAUUUGAGGGAUCUUGGCUUAUGUAGGCAUACUGGAGUGGAAAAAAUCUUCUUUUUUUUUACAACAAUAUUCAUAUGUUUACAUGUUAUGAUAAAUACAAUCGCAGAAAAGUCACACAUAUGAAACAUAUGAUGGGUAUGGUAAAUUAGACCUGAAAUAAGAUUAAAUUUCUGUUGGGCCUAGCGCCACAAGUUGAACUCGCCGAUUUGUAUGAGAACAGAAUAGCAAAAGAAACAAUGCAGUUGUUCACACUAAUCUAGUAAUUUUUAUCUAUGACUGUCAGUGUAGUAGGUUUCACGGUACACCAAACUCGAUGUUUCAACAAGUGUGUUCUUGUCAUCUUCAGGAAAACAAGAACACACUUGUCGAAACAUCGAGUUUGUUGGUCAUUUUUCAGGACCAACACUUGCCCAAGAAAGAUACAUGGUGUACCAUGAAACCUACUACACUAUUCUACUUCACCAUGGAAACCUUCAGAAGUUAUAUGUGAGUGUCGGUCCUCCUAAGAGGGGGGGUGACAAUGUUAGAUAUAUCUGAGAAUAUAAAUGAUAUAAGCCAUAAAAUUUGGUGCGAUAUGAAGCAUGUAAGUCAAUUAGAUCUGUGGUAUGUUUUAUGGCUCACUGAGCCUACAAUUUCAAUUCAGGCGGGUGUUUCAUAAAGCUGUUUGUAAGUCAAGAGCGACUUUAAGAACGACUGGUGAUCCUUUCUUGUGGUAAAUGAUAUUCACCACUCGUUCAUAAAGUCGCUCUUAACUUGCGAACAGCUUCAAGAAACGGCCCCCUGUUUUGUGUUAAUGUCACAUGUAUAUGAGACAUAUGAUGGGAAUGGUAAAUAAGACCUGAAAUAAGCUUAAGUGCUAGUCAGGCCUGGUGCCACAAGUUCAACUCACUGAUAGAACUGAAUAACAGAAGAAUCUAUGAUUGUCAGCCUUUCUAAGAAGGGGGGGGGGGGCAAUCAUAGGUAUAUCUGAGCAUAUCAGUGCUACCAGCCAUACAUAUAAAGCAUGUAAAUCAAUUAGAUGGGUGUUAUAUUUUAAGCCUCACUGAGCUUACAUUUUCAAUCCAGAUUUGUUUUUAAUGUACUCGAUUCAGAGAGUGUGAAAAAAUGUGUAAUACCCACCCAAAUUAUUAUAUUAGUGGUCAUAGAAUUACAUUCCACAGAGAUCAGUUUAGCAAAUUUGAAUAAGAUUUUCCUUUUUUAUUAGGGUUUGAAAUAAUUAUGUAAGUAUUUACAGGCAGAGGCAGCGGAACGUCAGGUGCCCCUCCACUUUCUUUGUCUGAGCCUGAUGUUCCAUGGCUUCUGUUUACAGGGUUUCUUUUAUGUGCAAAAUUACAAAAAAGCAGUAAUGUAUUCAAAAGGUUUUGAAAAUUGAUUUUUUAUUUUGUAUACGUUUUUAUUUUGCCAUGAUUAUUGCAUGUAAACAUUGAAAUACUUGAAUAUGGUUAUUUUUUUUUUUUCGAGUCGUUAUAGUCGGCUUGUAAUAUGCUAUUAUUACUUUGUAAUCCUCAACCAAAUCUGCAAACCUGGACAGUCAGAAUCAUGGAUUUUACCAAUUAUGAAUUAUAAUGCAUAUUAAAGUGAUAGAUAUUUUUAUUUAUAUUGAAUGAUAUUUUCUUCCUGAGUAGAUUUCAACUAUGAGAAAGGGAGAUGGAAGUUACAAGUUUGUGAAAGAGGACCCUGAAGUUCAAACAAAAAAUAUCUAAGUUUUUUUUUUUUUUUUUUGUAAAAUAUGCCCGAAAAAUAUAUUUAUUGGUGAUUGUAAUGAUUUUAGUCUAAAAAGGGCAACAGAUCAUCAAAAUUACUCUGUUGGAACUUCAACAGAUUUGUGAUUAGGAAUAUUAUCUUGCUAUAUUCAGGCAGUGUCCUCUUAACAUUCUGUUUUCAUUGUCCUCAGUGUAAGUGUUAUGUUGGGGCAUAGUGUGUAGACUCUAUUGAAUAAAAUUUCUUACAUUAUGAUCUGCAAAUUUAUGUUUGCUUUGAAUUGAGUUUACAUUAUUGGGUAUUUAUUGGAGUGCAAUGAAUGAGAUAUGCUUCAUUAGUUUCUCUUAGUUAUUUCUUCUUAUUUUUUUCUUCUUCAGAUUUAAGCUACUAUUUACAUUAUGCAUUGUAGGUCAAUGCAAAUGCACCAGACUUUUGAUUUAUGUUAAGAGAAGCUUUGGUAUUUGAAUAAUGGAAUUGGAAUUACUGGUAAACAGCGACGAAACAAGUCUCCAUAGGCCUACAUUGUACUUGUUAUUUGAUCACAAAUGAUCCCAGCAUUUAGAUACCUUCAAUGUUCAUGUACCAAUCAUUACAUUCAUUCUCACUGACGUACAUUUGGUGCUUGGCACAGUAUAUGUCAUAUUGUUCGAAGGUUGACUUCACAGAAUUCUUGGCAACCCAUUACCUGAACACUAAGUUUUUUUUAUUCAUGUCAUUGUCAAAUAUUUUGGGACUAAUGCAAUAUCUUCAAUUUGACUUGAAAUAUGAAUGUUAAAAUAACGCACGAGGCAGAAAAGAGAGGGUCCUUUUUAAUGCCACAUUUUGACUUAUCAUGAUACCGUAUCUUCAUAUCAAAAUUGCUCAAGUAUUCUUAGGUUGACUGCAGCUCUGUGUAUGAACCAUCUCCCAUUUUCCACAAUGCAAGCGGUAUGAACUUGAAUGAUGCAUGGAGUCAAGUUUUCAGUAAUGACAUUCUUCUUUGAGGAAUUGAGGCAUAAAUUAAUGAUUUUAAAAGAAUAUUGUCUUUUCAAUAUUAGAAUUAUUUAAGAUUAUUAACUUGUGAUGAAAGAAGACAUCAUAAUAGUCUGGCCUUUUAUUUGAAUAAUUGUAUUCAAUUGGAUGUUGUUGGCUUCAUAGGUUUUAUUUUGCAUAAUUAUAUGUUAAUCGGAAUAUUGUAAGCUUUCAGGGUUUUUAAAAUCAUUUUUACAUAUAUGGGUAUAGUUAUUGUUUUUUGCUUUGGAUUAUUUGGCACAACUUGUCUUAUUACCCAAUCAUGUCUAAUAUGCAGGUCUAUCUGUCUAAUUCUAAGCUUUAAAGACUACAGAAUUAAGUUAAACCUAAGACAAACGUUAUUUAUAAGAAUUUUUGCAUAAUGUGGUCUGAAAAUUGCUCAGACUUAGAUAAUUAUUUGACUUCUAGAAUGUUGACCUAUGCAGACAUGUAACUGUCCAGUUAAGUGUCCAGCUACUUGCAAGUAGAGAUAUAUUUUUCUUCAAUAAAGAAGAAGCUUUGUGAAGAA